AUGGCUCGGCAGGAAAUCUUAAGAGGUUUUGGUUCUCUUGCUAACCAAGUGUGGGAUGCUGCUAAUGUUACUCAUGGUGAUCAUGGUGAUGCUCCUAUCGAGUAUACCUGCUCUUCGACAGCUAGGCGGACUGAUGUCCCAAUCCAGAAGGUUUUUCAAAAUCUCAAAAGAGAUCUCCACAUUAACACCAAUCUUGAUCAGGCCGCCAAUACUCAGCUGUCAGCAAGAUUGCUGGGGGAGACUCGUUGUAUUUGCUGCCUCAAUUAUGGUCAUCGUGCUCGUUACUGUGCUAAGAGACGAUCAGACCUCAAGUGUAAAUGGGCCACUAAGCCCAGCACACAACCCUCGGGUGAAGACCAUGGCGGAGAAGGAAGAAAAAAUUAUAUUCAAUGGUCCCUUGGGCCCAAUGCACCUGAUGACGCUGUGCAUUCUAUGCUCGGCUCCCAUGAUUGUACUCAUUGUAUUCUCUCUAGUGUUAUGGAAGAGGAACAAGGUUAUGCUGUGAUGGUUGAUGCUCCUUCAUGCCAUGCUGCCCCUGCUCUUCUUCAGCUUGGACAGGGCAAUGAAAAGAAAAUCUCUAUUGACAAGCAGCAUGAUGAGCAAGAAAAUUUAGUGGCUGAACUUGCUGGGAUCCAACAAAACCAAGCUCUUGCAAUCAGGAACUCUCCAAUGCCUGUUGUGAUCGAUAACACGUCUGAAACUAACCAAGAUCAACUGCAAGUUAAUCAGCAGCAGGUCACUGAUCCUCUAGCUCUGACUAUCACAACAGGAAGCAACAUCAACGGGCUGCCAGAAAGUCACAAGGUCAUUGAUCAGAGACAUGCCAUCUCAAAAUUCAUUGCUGAUGGGCUAAGGCAACUAAUUGUCAACCAAAGCAAUGACGCCUCCAACAAGAUAAUGGGAAGCCUCAACAUUUCAAACUCCCUGAUCCACAUUUCCCAACACUUCCAUAUUGGGGCAGGCCAAAGUACCGAAGUGAUUGUGGAUUCACUGAACCUAGAACAGAACAGCACGCUGGUGAACCAGGAGAGGGCUCAAGAAUAUAACUCUCAGAUUGCAAACAACCUUGCAAUAGUGCCUGCCAAACCUGGGACUACUGCAGAGCAGAAUGACAGAGUAGAGAAGGAAGCAAUCACUAAUAUCCUGGUCUCUGGCCAGAUAAUGAACAAUCAGCUAAACAUUCAAGGCUUAAUGCCUUUAGGAAGUCUGGCCGUUCCGGAUUCCAUCAUCCGCAUUGAUCUCGCUGCUUUAGGCAUCAAUUCUCUGAACAUUACAGUAUCCAUCCCAAGUCAGGGCAACAUUCUAGAACCAAGGACUGCUAACAACACUAUGCCUGUACUGGAGGUCCAAAGGCAUCAAACUAGUAUGAUUGUAAGAAGAACCACCCCGAUUACUAAGGUGUACUACAGAAUGAAGUUUAGGAAAAACAAAAGCUCUCAGGCUAACAUGAGAAACAACCAAAUGCAAGAGGAAAGAGCUCAAAUCUUUCCUGAACCAGUUGAAGAUUACAUGGUCAUACAUGAGCAACUUGAUGAGGAAGAUUACAGUACCAGAAAACCUUUGAGAAGAAAGAGGAAGUGCAGUACUCCAGUUUCAGCAAAAAAACUCAGAAGAAGUGACAGACUAAACAAGGCUCUUGAUGGUCACAAACCCAAACUGGCUUCACCUCCCAAGGGUCAGAUAGCCAGAAACAAAAGCAAGGGCAAGAAAGUUUCCCUACAGUCAUCCAUCAGGGGCAAACUCUUGUUUCCUCCUUCCUGCUCAGAUGCUGAAUUUCCUGAUUUAUCUAUCAUAAAGAAACACACUGAAAUAGGGAACACUUACCCAGAAAUUCGUAUUGUGGAAAUUCAAAAGGUGGCCACUCAGAAAUGUCGUAUCACUCCUUCGGAGGUGAUGACAGAGCUUCUCCUUGCAUCAAAGAAAAAACAUGAGAACAACGGAGGGAGGAGUAGCGUGGAGGUCCCAAAAGUGAAGAUGGCAGAGACAUAUUUGAUCAUCAUGAGAAGGUUGCUAUUCUUCUGGAAGAAUACAAAGAAACUGAGUACUUGCAAUCAUUUGAUACUCAAGGAAUCAAUAUCUGCAUCUUUUGUGGCAUCUACAAUGCACAAAAGCCCCAUUCAGUACCUUUUUGGAAAUGUAUAUCCGUACAGCAUUAGCAUGGAGGAGAGAACGAAGGCCAUGGCAAACGAGCUGGUGGCAAAGCUGACUUUUCUUUGCUGGGACAAAUGCGUCACGGGGAGCGUCGGGAGCAGCUUCAGCAGGAGCGAGACCUCGUGCCUGUCCAACUGUGCAAAACGCUUCGCUGAAGUGAAGAUGAUGACCAUGCAACGCUUCACCGGCCGCAGCUGA